AUGCGGUUGGCCCAUUCUACCGUAAUCGUCGCAUUUCUCUUUCUCGCGAUUCACGCGACCACCGACAUUCAACCGGCCGGCAUCUAUGUGAGGCUGAAUCAACGAGCUGUGGAUUACAUGGCAGAUGUGGCCUCUGAGGCUUUUCCAGCGAUUCUUAAUAAGCUCCAUCCUCCAAAUAUCACCACGGGAGUAGCGACUAUUGCGAAUUUAGUGCUCUCAAAUAUUGCUCGACCAUCAAUCAAGGCCAAAUUUUUGAAUGAGAAAGGAAUUGAAUAUAAUAUUUCUUUGGCCUCAUUUCGAGCUGACGCUUAUGCUGAAAUUUCGAUAUUCAUUUUCUCAUAUUCCGGAACGUUCACAGCUCAACUGGACCAUUUGAAUAUCCAUUCAGAGCUUCAUUUCAACCACAAUGGCACAACAGUUGUUACCGCGCCGGUUUGUAAUGUCACUCAAUCAGAUUUAUCAUUGGUGUUCCCAAAAAAUUCAGCUUUGAUCACUCUUCAAUCGGAUAUCAAAUCAACGAUUGUUGAAUCUCUUCGUGAUGCGGUUUGCACCACAGCUGUCGAUGCCCUUACUUUCGUCAUGUCUCAAAAACCGGUGCAACCUGAACAUCCCGAUUUCAUCAAGCCCGAGCCCAAUGACGCGAAUGGAUUCAAUAUUGUUGAAUUCGGAUCCUCAUUGUGCGUUCCGGAGAAGUUGAAUGAGAUCGAUGACGCUGUCACAACUCCGACGCCUGACAACGAAACAAACCAAAAUAACACCGAUUCUUCGUAUUGGGGAAUUGAUUUGUCUGUUAAUCAUCCGCCUACAUUCUCCGACGAUGAUAUGAUUAUUGGCUUGGAUGGUGGAUUGAUGUACAAUGGUUGGAAAGCAGAAUCUGCUCCACAGCCAAAUGUUCUAAAUAGGACACUUCUCGAUAAAAAGAUGAUUGGCAUUCUUGUUUCCGAAUAUAUUCCGAAUACACUCUUUCAUCAUGUUUAUAUGAAUGAUCUUGGAUCUUUCAAACACAAAUACACGCCAGCUAGUCUUCCGAAAAUUUUGCAAAAAUUAUCCAAGGCGGUAUGUUCGAAUUGCUUCUUGGAGAUUUCGGCGAAUCUUACUGAACAACCGCGUCUUGAAAUUGACGAGCAUCUCGGAGCAAGAAUCGAGGUGUCGGCGAAUAUUUCGGUGACGUUCCAAGGAAGAGAGAAAAUGCAUGAUAUGCUUCAUGCAAAUACCAAAUUGCAUAUUACGCUGAAACCAACAAUUCGCCAUUCGAGACUUUUCGGUGAUGUUUCGUUGACAAAUGUCGAUGUGAACAUAUUUGAUUUGGGACUUGGAGGACCACUGGCUGCACCAAUCGAGAAACUCUUCUCUUUCGUCGUUCCUCGCAUUCUUUGGCCGCAAGUCAAAAAGCGUCUCCGAUUUGCAAUGAAUCAUCGCGGUGUCAAACUGCCAACCAUGUGUGGAAUUGAGUUCGAGCACACUGAGCUCGACUUUGUCGAUCAUGCUGUCGUCAUCAACACGGAUUUCACAUUUGACGUUCAAUUAUUUAUUAGAAAAUUCAAGAAUUAUCUGAUUGAAAAAUCCAAAUAUAAUCCCAAUAUGCCGAAUUAUGUAGAACUGUGA